CUUUCGAAAUUGUUUAGUUCUCGACAGGUUCUACAACUGUAACAAACAACUCGAGAUGUCUUCAAGUAAACUGCUAAAUCUGAGCCUGCUGCUCGUAUGUCUCUUCGCAUUGGUGUCUGCUCAGAAGUAUAUAACUCCCCGUGAUUGUCCCAAAAACGAGACAUAUCUGCCCUGCGGACCCUCCUGCCAGACAGAGUGUGCCACGUUGAAUGAACCUUGCCUGAUCAGACAUAUACGCUGUCCUGAUGGCUGCUACUGCAAUAAAGGAUAUGCUCGAAACGCAGCUGGUACCUGCAUCCCUAUUGGCCAGUGUUCAAGGCAGCGUGGUCCUUAUUAAUAUGGUACUUCUAAUGCAGAACUACAAAUCGACGAAAAUACAGAUUGAAAACUGAAAAAACAACUUUUGAUUAAUAUUGUUUGUUGUGUGUAAUUUUGUUUGUCAUAUAAAUCACGUGUUUCUGUAUUUAAUUAUUUUUAAAAAGGAGAUUCUGAUCUGCUACUAAAAUCAUUAUUAUUCGUUGAGU